AUGGAACACUCAUCUCCCCUUGCGGCUAUGCAACCUCCGUCUAUGCUCUUUGGCCACUGUUUUCGACCAGAGACAGCAGGGUUCCCAACUUUCCCUGCUGUCAGGUCUUUUGGUCCAAGCAGUUUCAAUUUCAAGGAUAUUUCCAAGAAGAAGGGGAACCCGGAUUACUUCAAUGCUAAACCUGUUGGAGGAUCUUCCCCUACAGCAAGUCUAGCCGCAGAUCUGUCUCAGAAUUUCCACAUUGAUCAAAGUCCUGCGUUAGUAACACCACGGAGGUCACUGUUUUCAGCAAACUUAUUUGGUCCCGAACAUGGUCGAGAUACGAUGACAACGCCCCCUCUGCCGUCGUCCUCGCCUGCCAUAUCUGUUGAUAUGAUGGAUAUGUCCCCACUGCCACACAAAACUCCAUAUAGUCAAACCGCAGACAUGGAUAUAGUAUCUCCUACGGCUGAUCUCUCAGUACCUAAGCCAAAUAUCUACAUGCCUAGUCCAUUGAAGCCGUCACCAAUGGAGUCUCCGCAAUGCAAUGAUCAAGACAGGAGAAAACGGGCUGCUUUCCUCCGCCCAUCCUUGAUGAGGACCAAGGCCCACUGUGGAAUUUCGAAAAGCCCUGCUGGCAGUCAAUCUCAACCGUCUUUGAAAAUCGGAAAUGGGAGUAAUAAAUCUACGUCGACAUCCCUAUCGUUGUCUGAGAUGUUUGAGGGAUCUCCUGAAAGGCCGGCUGCAAGGAUAUUUCAUGGGAACGAUCAAGUGGGUCCUCCUCGUCCAAGAGCCCCAUUUUCUGGCUGUGUCGGACAAGCACGUGACAAUGGCUCUCCUAGCCAUGGCAUCGUGCGUAAGAGUUCGAACCCCUUUGCCCGACCCAGAAAGCAGAGCAGGAGAUCGCUCAGCAUGUUUGAACAUUCCGACGACUUAAUAAACCAAAAUGACGACUCCAGUGUGAAUAUCCAAUCGGUACGCGAUUUGGAAGAAGGGCCGACGCUUCACUUACCUCACUUUAUACCCGAAGAUCAACCUGAUGGUCUUCCCCGGAUCGAGAACGCUGUUUUGAUUGAUAUUAUUGACGGAAAAUAUAAUGAUAGAUAUGAUGAUGUAAUCAUUAUUGAUUGCCGCUUUGAGUACGAGUAUGAUGGUGGACACAUUGCCGGUGCAGUCAAUUACAAUGAUAAGGAGCAUCUCGCAGCGGAACUGUUUUCCGACAACAUGAAGCCAAACACUGUGUUGGUGUUUCAUUGCGAGUAUUCUGCUCAUCGAGCACCCAUAAUGGCCAAAUUCAUUCGACACAAAGAUCGUGCAGUCAAUAUCGAUGAAUACCCCAAACUUACCUUUCCUGAAAUGUACAUCCUAGAUGGCGGAUACAGUGCUUUCUUCGCGGUGUAUCGCUCUCGCUGCGUUCCUCAGAAUUAUGUCGAGAUGGGUGCGAAAGAACAUGCCUUUGCUUGUGAACGAGGCCUGGGGAAAGUCAAGCAACGAUCUAAACUUGGUAGAGCUCAAACAUUUGCCUUUGGGCAGCAUUCUUCCCAAAUGGAAGACAGCCCUACUGGGCGUUGUCGGAAUGGCGGUGGUGACCGCAACAACAUAUCCAUGGAAAACCAGGAACCUUGCCGUUUGCCUGGACGGCGCAUGUUAAGUUACUGA